UUUUCAGAUUGAAUAAUAAAGCACAGGUACAUUAUUUACAAGAGCUUUUAGGGAAGUGAUGUUUUAAGCAAUACUUCAUCCACACCAUAAUCAGAGUUCUGAGGAAGGAAAAGAUCUCUGGAAGGAGAAGUCUUCGGAAAAUUCCAACUAAAUUCACUGAUGCAUGUUGAGAAUAACUGUCAGAGUCUAGAAGAAAGAAGCAUAUUCAUCAGAUAUGGAGGAGGAUACAAAGCCUCUCUUGAUCCCUGUAGGAGGCGAUGAAAGUAAUUAUGGAAUCAUGAAUAUACAGUUUAAUCCAGAAGAUUUUAAAUACAAAAGACCAUUUCAUGUGGAGCCUACAAACAUAGUCAGCGCCAAUGAUGACAUGCAAAGAGUCUCUGACGAAGCUUCAGCAAUGAAUAAGCGGAUUCAUUACUAUAGCAGGCUCACAUCUCCUUCAGACAAGGCAUUGGUUGCUCCUGAUCAUGUACUUCCAGCUCCUGAUGAAAUCUAUGUAUAUAGUCCAUUAGGAACUGCUUUUAAAGUUGACAGUUGCACAGAUGGCUAUGGUAAAAACUCCAGCAUAGUGACAAUAUUUGUGAUAUGGAACACAAUGAUGGGCACAUCUAUAUUAAGUAUCCCAUGGGGUAUAAAACAGGCAGGAUUUACUUCUGGAAUCAUUCUCAUCAUACUGAUGGGCAUUUUGACACUUUAUUGCUGUUACAGAGUUGUGAAAUCACGAAAAAUGAUACCUUUAACAGAUACCUCAAACUGGGAAUUCCCAGAUGUUUGCAAGUAUUAUUUUGGAUCUUUUGGUCAAUGGUCAAGCCUCUUAUUUUCUAUGGUAUCUCUUGUUGGAGCCAUGGUCGUUUAUUGGGUGCUUAUGUCCAACUUUCUGUUCAACACAGGAAAAUUUAUAUACAACUUUGUUCAUGAUAUCAAUGUAACAGAUAUUGUUCCAGGCACAAAUGGAAGUAACAAGGUCAUUUGUCCAAAUGCUGCUAGUGAUCACCCACCACAGAACGAGAGUAUGAUAUUCUCUUCUGGCAACAGUACAGGUUUUCAGCUCUUCGAGGAGUGGUGGAGCAAAUCACAAACAGUACCAUUUUACUUGAUUGCUGUUCUUCUACCCCUGCUAAAUCUGAAGUCUCCAUCCUUCUUUGCAAAGUUUAAUGUCCUAGGUACAGUUUCAGUUAUCUACUUGGUUCUUUUGGUUACUGUAAAGGCUGCUCACUUGGGAAUCCACUUAGAAUUCAACUGGUUUACAGAGAAUGAAUUUUUUGUACCAGAAUUUAGAGUUCUGUUCCCUCAGCUCACAGGGGUUCUAACGCUUGCCUUCUUCAUUCACAAUUGUGUCAUCACUCUUCUUCAAAAUAACAAGAAUCAAGAAAACAACGUGAGAGACCUCUCCAUUGCUUACUUCCUGGUGGGAUUAACAUAUCUAUAUGUUGGAGUAAUAAUUUUUGCAUCUUUUCCUUCUCCACCACUAUCCAAAGAAUGUAUCGAACAGAAUUUUCUAGAUAACUUUCCCAGCAACGACAUCAUGUCUUUUAUUGCAAGAAUAUUUCUGCUGUUCCAGAUGAUUACUGUAUACCCACUGUUGGGCUAUCUGGCACGAGUCCAACUAUUAAGACAGGUUUUUGGAAAUGCUUACCCAAGUGUUUUCCAUGUGCUUGCUCUGAACAUAGCAAUUGUAGGAGCUGGAGUAGCAAUGGCAAGAUUUUAUCCAAAUAUCGGAGGUAUCAUAAGAUACUCUGGAGCAACAUGUGGUCUGGCCUUUGUGUUUGUGUAUCCAUCGCUCAUCUACGUGAUCUCCCUGCAUCGUGCU